CAGUGUCUGAAACUUGAAGUGAAGAAACAUGUCUCAGUCAAGUGACAAAGUAAAGUUUUCCGACUCGGCAGGCUAUGUGGGAUUUGCUAAUCUGCCCAACCAGGUUCACAGGAAAUCUGUGAAGAAGGGCUUUGAAUUCACACUCAUGGUGGUUGGUGAGUCUGGCUUAGGAAAAUCCACUUUAAUUAACAGUCUGUUCCUGACUGAUCUUUAUCCAGAACGUUAUAUUCCUGGAGCUGCAGAGAAAAUAGAGAGAACAGUUCAAAUCGAAGCUUCUACAGUAGAGAUAGAGGAGCGAGGGGUGAAGCUGCGUUUAACUGUAGUUGACACACCAGGAUAUGGAGAUGCCAUUAACAGCCAGGACUGCUUCAAAACAAUUAUCCACUACAUUGACAACCAGUUUGAGCGAUACCUACAUGAUGAGAGUGGUCUGAACAGGCGCCACAUCAUAGACAACAGAGUGCACUGCUGCUUCUACUUCAUCUCUCCUUUUGGGCAUGGACUGAAGCCGUUAGAUGUAGAGUUCAUGAAGGCUCUUCAUGGGAAAGUCAACAUUGUCCCUGUGAUUGCCAAGGCUGACACCCUGACGCUGAAGGAGAGGGAGAGGCUGAAGAGAAGAGUUCUGGAUGAGAUUUCUGAACAUGGCAUUAGGAUUUAUCAGCUCCCCGAUGCAGAUUCUGAUGAAGAUGAGGAGUUUAAAGAACAAACUAGAGUUUUAAAGGCUAGCAUUCCCUUUGCUGUUAUUGGAUCCAAUCAACUUAUUGAGGUGAAGGGGAAGAAAAUCAGAGGCCGCCUGUAUCCCUGGGGAGUUGUUGAAGUUGAAAAUCCAGAGCACAACGAUUUCCUCAAGCUGCGCACAAUGCUGGUGACGCACAUGCAGGACCUGCAGGAGGUGACCCAAGACUUGCACUACGAGAACUUCCGUUCUGAGAGGCUAAAACGCACUGGCAAGCCUGUUGAAGAGGAAGUGGUAGACAAGGAUAGAAUCCUCCAGCAGAAAGAGGCUGAGCUGCGCCGCAUGCAGGAGAUGAUUGCCCAGAUGCAAGCCCAGAUGAGGAUGAAGCCUGGUGAUGACUAAGGUGCUCAACAUCUGGAUGCAUCAGCAUACGGUUCUCUAAGUGGAUGGGUGCUCUCUUUUCUUUGCCCGAGUGGUAACGUUCAAAUGCAAAAGCUGGAUGCCACAGACCAAGACCUGCAUUAAACACAAAGUCUGAAGAUCGUGUUGUAAAACUGCUUGUUUUAUAUACUCAAUGUUAUUCAACUUAUAAUGUAUCUUUUUUGAUUCUUUUGGUAACACUGUCUUCAUACUUACCAAUGUGGUUUUAUUAUCCUUCCUAUACCUUUUUAUUCAGAAACUGCCAAGAGUACACUCUUUGGACUAGUCAUUGUGGUGGGUUUAAGGAAUUAAUCAUUUAUCUGCUAGGCUGUUCUGAACGGUUUUGUGGUUAAUACUAAGACUUUGUGGCCUGUUUACAGUAAAUGUGUGUGUGUUUGCACAGUAUUAUAACUUUCACCUGCCAUUUUAGGUUAUUAUGUAUCGUAUCAGUUUUUCAGAAAUUUCUCUGUGCUUUUGUUGCUUUUGAAGCUUCAUCUCUGGUGACUUGCAUUUGUGUGAUGUAUGAGAAAAUGUACGAAAUGCUGAUGAUUCACCAGUGAUUGGAAAAAGCUGACUUUUCUUAAUCGCCGUGCCUUAACACACCAUAAACACUCCACACACCAGCAACUUGUGUGGAUGCCUCUGGAGGUUUGGCUUCAAGUCUCAAGUGUUGAUGGCAAAAAUUUGUCACAGGCAUUCCUAUCUGUCAGCUGAGCAAUGGCAUGUACUGAUUUUUUUAUAUAUACCAUAGCACUACUUUUCAUUGAAGUUUUGUAAUAAAUUGUAUGAA